CUGAACGUGUAGUAAAAGCAAGCAUCCGAGGAGCCAGAAGUUCCAAUCAUCGUUACCUCAGAGCCUACAGAGCAACUAUGCGAGCCAACACAGCAGUCCUCUGCGCAAUCUGCGCUUUACCUUCGUUCGUCGCAGCGCAGGUGUCCCAACAGCCACCAACCCUAACCUGGCCGGAGCCGACCCCAGGAAUGUUCACGCUAUCCAACUUCACCUUUUCCACCGGUGACCAUCUCUCCAACUUAACCCUGCACUACCAAACGCUGGGUACGCUCCAGACGCACGCCAACGGCAGCACCAAUGCGGUCCUUCUCCUCCACGGGUCGACCGGCGAAGCAGCUCAAUUCUACGUUGAUGAGUUCGCGGGAACGCUCUUCAACAGAGGACAAACUCUCGACGUCUCUAAAUACUACCUGAUUAUCCCCGACAUGAUUGGCCACGGCAACUCGAGCAAGCCCAGCAACACGGGCCUGCGCGGGAAAUUCCCAAAAUACCAGUACUCUGACAUGGUAGCCGCGAACCACGCGCUGCUCACCCAACAUCUCGGCGUGCAGCAUCUGCGGCUCGUGCUCGGAGUUUCUAUGGGCGGCAUGCACACGUGGAUGAUGGGCCAACAGUAUCCCAAGCUCAUGGAUGCUCUCUUCCCCAUCGCCUGCCUGCCGACGCAAAUCGCAGGGCAAAAUCGCCUAUGGAGGAAGUUCAUUAUUGAGCUGAUUACAUCCGAUCCCGCAUGGAAGGACGGUGAAUACACUUCUCCGCCUCUCGUGAGUUUGUCUGGCACGCUGUCGCUUUUACAAGUCAUGUUUUCCUCGGCGGUUGAUUAUUACGCGAAAUACCCCACUCGCGCCGCCAUGGACGCCUUCGUCGACGACUACUUGCUGCCCCAUAUUCCUGACUUUGAUGCGAACGAUCAGUUGUUUGCGUGGAACGCUUCUUAUACCUACAAUGCAGAGCCCGGUCUAAGAUUGAUCGAGGCGCCACUGACGGCAGUAAAUACCGCGGAUGAUCUGAUGAACCCGCCUGAACCCCAAAUCCUGCAGUGGUCUGUCGCGAAGAUGAAGCGGGGAGUGGGAAAAGCGGUCGUCAUACCUGUGUCUAAUGAAACGUUUGGACAUGGGACGUACAUCAAGGCAAGUGUGUGGAAGAACGAGCUCGAGAUGCUGUUGGCUGCUACCAGUGGAGGAGAGUGAAACUGCAUUGUGUAAUACUCUGCUGACGUUUGUCUCUUCUUCUGAAUACUUCACUCUUUCAAUUAUAUGUUUUUCUUCCAAGAUUCGUUCAUUAUAAUACAAUUCCCUAUUUCUAGAAGAUUUUGAUAGUUACUAUUAAGCUAUUACGCAUAUAAGUUACGAUAGACAACCAGCCUACGUUUUGAAGGCAUACAGCGGUUGCCAGUCUGCACUCCGAAUUCAUCCGUGCAAAAGGGUCUUGCAAUGUGUCUUAGUAUAAGUGUGUAACGUGCUGACGUAGUAUGAUACCAAAUAUCUCAUCUGCUGUAUUGCAAUAUUCGCUAUGCCUUACUGACUCAAGAUGUGGCGCUCUUCCUGAGGCUGUGUAGAUUGUCACGUGACGGUCGAGCCGACACCCGGUUUCCAAAAUCAUCAAAUGUGACUUAUUUUACUUUACUUAUUUUCUUCCAUAAUGUAAGCCUGUAACUUGCGGAAGCUUGGAAUGCGAGUGUCCUAUUCCAACAUUUAAAUGCAUUCAGUAAAGGGCUAGCCACACUUACUAGCCACCGUCGUGACUAACGUCUUCUUCGGCCUAGUCUGUUCGACAGUGAACUCUUCAACUACAUAUAUUGACGCGCCGCGAGACGGCAAUCCUUCAGCCAACCCCACAUAUCGGCUACAUUCCACUAUACGGCUCCCCUUACGAAUCUGAAUCAUCAGCAACUUUGGUGUCAUUAUCAUUUACAUCGGACUCAACUUCUGCCGCCACACGCCUGUAACUACAUCGCGUAACAGCAGGCAUCUAGCUAGUUCUCCAACUGUCUUCGUCGAUCGUAAACUAUUCCCUGGUGGUGUAACAAGACGAUAUUUUGAAGACCUGAACAGUAUCGCUUCGCGAUGUGCGAGGUCGGAUGAGUGCACCUUGUUCUACUGUACGAUGUUGAGAUGCGAAAGUCUGGAGAUCCCAAACAAUCGAUGAUAGUUAAGUUUCAUGAAGGGUAUUUUUUCAAAAUAUAUAUAUAUAUAUGCAAGAUAUGAAAAAUCUGCGUAUACGUGCGUGUGGAGCCGCCAUUACAUACAGUUCCGACUACAUUACCAAUUCACUGCCCGGUGGCGCAGUAAGUAUACGGAGUCCGAUAGGGCUGGAGUAUAAUGACCUGAUUGAAGCGUUUGCUAAC